UGGGAGAGAUGGGGGUCUCACUAUGUUGUCCAGACUGGUCUCUCACUCCUGGGCUCAGGUGUUCCUCCCGCCUCGGCCUCCCAAAGUGUUGGGAUUACAGGUGUGAGCCACCACAACUGACCGCUUUCGUCAUCUUAAAAAGACCCCGGCCAGCAGCUCGCACUGGGACUGCAGGGAACUCCGCCCUUUGGGGGUGGUAAUGAGGUGUGCCCAGGAGGAUGCCCUCCAGGGUCCCUGGUCAGCAGGCAGUGAUGCUGCUGUGUUCUAUCCCAGACCCCCCAGUUCCCUUCAGGAUGAUGGAGGAUGCAGAGGCCCCAGGAGAGCAGCUCUACCAGCAGAGCCAGGCCUACGUGGCUGCCAACCAGCGGCUGCAGCAAGCGGGCGACGCGCUGAGGCAGAGGUGUGAGCUCCUGCGGCAAGCUGGCGAGGACCUGGAGCGAGAGGUGGCCCAGAUGAAGCAGGCAGCACUACCGACGGCGGAGGCUGCCUCGUCAGGCUGACCUCUCGGGGUCCGCAGGCCUGGGCAGCGCACGAGGUGGCCUGCGCCCGGGCUUUCCCUUGGGGUCCAUCGGCCCAGACGCAUUCACGGGGUCCCAGCCUGCGUGGGUGUCUGACACAGGCACCCCUCCUGACGCUGGGGCUGCGGUUCAUCCGUCGUCCCAUUCAUGCCAAGUUGGUGGGACCCACCCAGCUGGCUCUGUCCUGCGUGACCUGAGGGCCCACUGAGGUUUGGAAGAGGAUAGGGACCUUACUGCUCUACUGCGAUUCGCCCUCCGCUCACGGUGGCCAUGCUCUGUGGUGGGGCUCCUGGGAGCAGGCGCCACCUCCUUCUUCCCCCGGGCAGGCACUCGCCUGUCCACUUCUGAGUCCAGGUGUCGGGAUCGAGGUGUUAACUGUGAUUCCAUCCAGCGGGUGCCCACCCGAUGUCAGAGCAGCCCGAAGGCCAGCACGAGCCCCUGACCCCCCUUCCUUCCGGGCUCUGGGCUCCUCCCACCAGCCACGUUGAUCUUCACAACGACCUUGGGCUGCUGGGGUCACUCAAGCAGCCCUGAGACCCGGCCAGGCUGGGCCCAGCUCCACGGCAUGGGUGUCUCCCAGCCACUGCCCUUGCUGGAGGACUGCUGUGAGUCACCGGCCAGGAGCCCAGGGUGUCCUGGGCCUCACAACCACCCUCUGGCCGGAGCAGGUCCUGGGCCUGAUUCCCUGCGGGUUCUGGCCCUGAGGGAAGGGGCAUUAGGGUGGCGGAGGGUCUUGCCAAGGGCUUUUCAUCCUAGAGAUCAACUCGAGUGGAAACCUGGGCAGGGCGGCCCAGAGACUGGGCUCUGAACAUAAACCCCUUCGUGUGUGUCUGGCGGUCUGAUUGGUGCCUCUGUGAGUGGCCCCUUCGCGGGGCCCUGGAAGCUGGGGAGGGAUGAGUCCCGGUGACCCUGGGAACCCUGCUCAGUCCUGCCCAGCACCGUGUGCAGGGACCACAUGCCUGACCAGAGACCUGGGGCUGCCUCGCCCUCUGUCCAGACCCACAGCCAGAACCCUGCUCAGUCCUGCCUGUCAUUGCGUACAGGGACCGUCUGCCUGACUCAGAGACCUGGGGCUGCCUCGCCCUCUCUCCAGAUCCACAGCCAGCUUUGUUUCUGGAAUGUGGAAGAUGUUUCUUAUUCCCCGAAGAAAGGGGGCCUGCCACAUACAGCCUGGGAGGCGCCCCAUCCAGAAACAGGGACUUGGCUAGCCGGCCUGGGCCCUGGGGACUACUCACUGGUCACUCUUCUGAGGCUGCUCACCUGGCCGAGGGGUGUCCCGGCAGCAUCUCAGGGUGGAAGGUGGGGAGGGGCAGCUCCCGCCAUCCCUUGCCGCCCUGCACUUCUCUGCUGCUUGCAGUCAAAGCUUUCCUCUCCCCGCGCUGGGCCAGGGCUGUGCUCCCUGAAGCGACUGACGUGGGGCCGUGCCAGCUCCUAGUUGCUCAUGGAUGCCUCCUGCCCCACACUGGAGCCUGCCAUAAUAACUGGCCCAGGUGCCGACACCCAGGUUGGACCCCCUGGAGCCCGCCCUCCCUCGGGACCAGGGGGAGACUCCUGGCCUCACCCAGUGCCUCCCCUGCCCAUCUGGGUGGGGUGCCCCCAAGUAAACCCUGUGCCCCCAGUUUCUGCUUUCUGGCUCUGCUUCCAGGGAUCUAACCUGGGGGGUCUCCUCAGCAAAUCUGCCGCAGCACAUAGACGGCAAUGAACCCGCCCCGCCCGCAGCCCAUUUGAGGAAUGGGUGAUGGCGGCAGGCAAUUCAACAGCUCAGUUUAUUAAAUGUGCGCGGGAGUCGGA